UUUAUUUUCAGCCUUCUUGGAGACGGGUCGUGAUCCUGAAAACUGCCGUGAGCUGUCGAUAGAUUUGAGUCGCCGCUUUCUCGAUGCCUUAGAGGGGGCACGUCCCCCGACCGCCAAGGUUUGGUAGUUCGUGUUGACGAGUGAAAUGUUGUUGCGCGCUUUAGCGAUAUUACUAGGCGGCAGCAGACAGAUCAAGCCAGGCUAGCCUAGCUAAGUUAGCGUUAGCCGAGCUAACAAACGCUGGAGUUAACCGUACCUUGUCACGCCGCACACGCUUAUCACAACUCCGCUCUUUGGUACGCUUUCACGUUACACAGAGGGUCAACAUUAUCCGUAGCGUCUUUGUAUUUUACGCAACAAGGGGUACGCCUUAAACGUGCGAGCAGGCGGUCAAUAUAAAUUAGGUUCAGCUAGCGCUAGCCACCGUAUUUUUUUUCUUUCUGUGGCGUUUUAGCGAGUUCCAGGUCGAGAUCCGCGGCCGGCGUCGAGUCGCCUUGCCGAGAUGUGCUGGUGAAACAUCCGCCUGCCGACGGAACAGUUCGUACUCGAAGCGAAGGGCGACAUGGCAGCUGGCGGAUACGCCGACCUGAGGGAGAAGCUAAAAUCAGCCGCGACUCCACACGGAGAAGAGCUGAGAAGUACGCAAUACACGGAUGGGAAGAAGGAGCAGGAGAAAGAGGGGGGCGGCCGGAAGCGCAGGUCGCGCGAGUCCGACGAGGACGACCCCGAGCGCAGCGACGACAGCUGCGAGCAGCGUGAGCUGGAGGCCCGGCGUGUGCGGAGCGGUGUCGCGCAGCGCGCCGUGUUCUCGCAGGAGGAGUGCGCGCGCAUUGAGGCGAGGAUCGACGAGGUUGUGUCGAGGGCGGAGGCCGGCCUGUACCGGGAGCACACCGUGGAUAGGGCGCCACUCCGCAACAAGUACUUCUUCGGGGAGGGCUACACGUAUGGUGCCCAGCUGGAGAAGCGUGGCCCGGGCCAGGAACGGCUCUACCGGAAGGGGGAGGUGGAUGACAUACCGGGCUGGGUACACGACCUGGUGAUCAAGCGGCUGGUGGCUGACGGUGUGAUCCCCGACGGCUUUGUCAACAGCGCGGUGAUCAACGACUACCAGCCCGGCGGCUGCAUCGUGUCACACGUUGACCCGCUGCACAUCUUCGCCCGGCCAAUCGUGUCCGUGUCCUUCUUCAGCGACAGCGCGCUCUGCUUCGGUUGCCGCUUCCAGUUCAAGCCGAUCCGUGUCUCGGAGCCAGUGCUUGUCCUGCCGGUGAAGCGGGGGAGCGUCACAGUGCUCAGUGGUUACGCGGCAGAUGACAUCACUCAUUGUAUCCGACCCCAAGACAUCAAGGAGAGGCGUGCAGUUAUCAUCCUUAGAAAGACAAAACCUGAUGCUCCUCGCCUGGAUUCUGAAAAUCCACUGAGGUUCUCCCCUAUAGAGAGACCUCCUCCCCUGAAAGCCAAACGCUCUCAUCGAAGGGCAGACCCUGAUGCUGCUCACAGACCAAGGGUUCUGGAAAUGGAUAAAGAGGAGAACAGACAUCCAUCCCUCUCACGCCAUCGUCGCCACAGCAACAGCUCAGAGAAUUACUGGCGGCGUGGCCAGGAGCAUGACAAACAUCGGGAAAGUUCAGGGCGGAAAGUCAAAAUGAGACGACAUUGAGGACUUUAUGCACUCAUAGGUAUACAAACCACAACAGGAGCCCCCGUGCAUUGGAGUUAAAUACGUAACAUCUUUCAUCUAUCAUUUUCUCGCUCCAAUUUUGUUGUCUUGUUAGGGGUAAAAUCAUUAUAUUGUCUGUGUGUUGAUUUAACUCUGGAUCAGAUUGGUUUGUUUUCUUUCUGGCAGGCUAAGCCAUCAGCUCCACUAUAACUUACUUGCUAGAGGAGACUAGUAAGCUUACUAUAUCUGCGACAGUCAUACUUCAUUGUCAUAUUGUUAAACCUCCCACUAUAAACAUUUUGUUUCUUUGUUCAUAGGGGGGAAAAAAGGCAUGUAUUUUUUGUAACCAAGAUGUACAGACUUGAAGAACUAAAGGAAAGAUGUAUGUAUGGACUUGUACAAAGGAAAACCUGAACUGUAAUGUAACUUGUUAUAAUGUACAAUAUGUUGUAUAGAUUUUGAUUGAAGUAAUCUUUGUGCAGAACGAAA